UGUGAAUCUAAUUGGAUUUAUCUAUCAGAACAUUCACAUGAAAAUCAUAUGUAUCGUUAUUUCAGUAUUAGUUGAUUUUUGACAGCGCUUUGUCGUUUGUCACUCGUCUAUUUUUAUGAAACAAAAUAGUGGCUUCGGUGGUGUAGUGGUGAGUGGGGAUGCCUCUCACCCUAGUUAGGUCUAGGUUCUAUCCUAUUCGACGACGUCGGUAUUCCUGGGACAAAAUUAUCUGAUUAUGCCUUCCUUCGGAUGGGAAGUAAUGUCGUAGGUCACAGCCCAUGUAUUGAUCGAUCCAAUAUGUAGAGUAUCUCAGGUGCGUGUGGAUGUCUACCUGGACGUCCAGGCUUAGUACCCUUAGUACCAGACAUAGACGACGUUGAAACUACAGCCGAUACCGAACGGGUGUCGAUAUCCACAAAUAAGAAGAAGAGCAAACAAAAAAUUCUGUCGAAUUUUCAACUCGUUCACUUAGAAACCAACAACUGUAAAUCGUGAAAGAUGGCCUCAACGUCGUUGCCCCAGCAAAGUAAAUCGGUUUCCUCGAUCUGCCGGUUGUGUUUCACCGAACGAAACCCGCAAGAGGUGCAGUUGAUUUUCGAUGGCGAUGGCGGAUACCUGAGCGAAUGGAUAGAAAAGCUCACUUCUUUGAAGAUCAUCAACAUUCCCAAUGCUCCCGCAUCACUGUGUUCAAACUGCAAAUUUACAUUGGAAGCCUUCGAUUCGUUCCGGGAAAUGUGCCACACUAACGACGUGGUAUUCAAAGACACAUUUGGUCUCGAGCCAGAGAAUGGAGACGACAAGUCGGAGACAAUUGAAGGUGUUCAAGAUUUGAAUGCAUUGAUUGGGUAUGAAGUACAUACCGAGCAGAACGGAAGCUGUGCUGCGCCAACAGAAAUUUUGGAGGUGAGCGACGAUGAAGAACAGUUCGAAAACGUUGAUGCAACAAUGGACUUGACGAUUGCUGCUAAUUCGUCGCAAGUGGAUGAUACUGCUUCGUCGAAGACGAACGGAGGCAAAUAUGAUUGCAGAAUAUGCAAUAGAACGGAAUCGAGGAUGCAUAUUCUGACUCACAAAGCUGAAGGAAUAUACAAAUGCUACAUGUGUCAUGAAGAAUUCAACACAUACGACAUGUGCUGGAACCACAUAAAAUUCCAUGUGAUGCCACAGGAGCAAUCUUCUGAAUCUACUUCUAAUUUUUGCAAAAUAUGCAAGAAAAAUACAUCAAAGAUGCAUGUGAUGUGCCACAAAGCGGAAAAUGUAUUCGUUUGUCGUAUUUGUAAGAAAACGUUGAAUCACGUAAGGUACCUGACAAUGCACAUGGCUUGGCAUUCCAAAGCACAGAAAAACUACGUAAAUGAUGAACUAUUGGAAGUAAAGGUUCCAGCUUCAUCCGACGAUGACGAAGAAGUUCAAAUAAUCGAAAAUGACUCCAGUGUUCAAAGUGUGGUUUCAAAUGAAAAGGAACAGGAUGAAGUCCUUUACGGAUUUUCCGGAGCACGGUCUGCGUGCAUGAUAUGCCACAAAUCUGUAUCAAAACUACAUAUGAUGACCCACAAGUCUAACGAUUUGUUUGUGUGCUAUAUCUGCCCGAAAGAGUUCAUAAAAUACGACCUUAUAAGCAAGCACGUCCAUGAUCACUUACGAAAGAAAAAGAAAGCUCAAGAGCAGAACAAAGACGACAGCAAAAAAAGUAAAGCACCAGCUAAUAAGAACGACGACGAUGGCAUGGAGGCGAAUCGAGAUCAUACAUGUCCCGUGUGUUCUAAGAAUGUGUCGAACUUGCAUGCAAUAUACCAUAAACCCGAUGGAUUCAAGUGCCCGAUUUGUUACACCGCUUUCAAGCGAUUUGAUUGUUUCGGGAGGCACCUCAGGUUGCACAAAGGUAAGAGUGUGUGCGAUGUCUGUAAGAAGUCGUUUACCAGUGUAAGUGCAAUGAAUGAGCACCGAAGUUUGCACUUCGUUAAAUGAAUCGGACUUGAGCUGUUUGUUUUUCAGUGAUUGAAUAAAAUAUUCAUGCUAUAGUUAUCUAA